AUGCUUUCCAGGACUGACUUGAAGAAGAACGAAAACUUCCCGUUAGCUUCCAAGUCUGGCAGCAGCAAGAAAUUGCUAUGCGGUGCUUCUGUAGGCACUAUGGACUCUGAUAGGGAAAGACUAGGCCUGUUGGUGGAAGCUGGCUUGGACGUGGUUAUCUUAGAUUCAUCGCAAGGCAACUCGAUUUUCCAGUUGAACAUGCUCGAAUGGGUGAAAGAGAGUUUCCCAGGGUUGGAAGUCAUCGCUGGUAACGUUGUCACCAGGGAACAAGCUGCCAAUUUGAUUGCUGCUGGUGCGGAUGGUCUGAGAAUCGGUAUGGGAACUGGCUCUAUUUGUAUCACUCAAGAAGUUAUGGCUUGUGGUAGGCCACAAGGUACAGCCGUCUACAACGUGUGUGAAUUUGCCAACCAGUUCGGUGUUCCAUGUAUGGCUGACGGUGGUGUUCAAAACAUCGGCCAUAUCAUGAAGGCCUUGGCGCUUGGGUCGUCUACUGUUAUGAUGGGUGGUAUGUUGGCUGGUGCUACCGAAUCGCCCGGUGAUUAUUUCUAUCAAGAUGGUGAACGAUUAAAGGUGUAUCGUGGGAUGGGUUCCAUUGAUGCGAUGCAAAAGACCGGUAGCAAGGGCAAUGCCUCGACCUCUCGUUACUUUUCUGAAAGCGACAGCGUUUUGGUUGCGCAAGGUGUGGCGGGUGCAGUGGUUGACAAAGGAUCCAUUAAGAAGUUUAUUCCGUAUUUGUACAACGGGCUGCAACAUUCGUGUCAGGACAUUGGUUGCAAGACGCUAACUCUAUUGAAGGAGAAUGUGCAAAGAGGCAAAGUCAGAUUUGAAUUCAGAACGGCAUCUGCUCAAGUGGAAGGUGGUGUGAAUAACUUAUACUCUUAUGAAAAACGUCUACAUAACUAA